UACCCAUGUCUGUUUUCUCAUGCCACGCACGCACACAAUUCUUUUGUCUCAGAACAAACCGGAAUGAAUCUUCUUUUUCCCCCAAAUAUUAUUAUUAAUUAUUAUUAUUAUCAUUUCAACAGAAAAAUUCACAAACAAAUCCAAAAGCUUACAAUCAUUUGACGAAAAGCUUACAUUAAUCACGGUUUCUUGAAGCCACAUCUUUCAUAUUCAUUUGGAUUGCUGGUGAUCCAUUUGCGUUCUUGAGUUCUUCCCGGAAACACUUUUAAAAGCUUAUCUGCACAUACUUCAAGUGUUGACGAAUGAGUUUCUAAUAGUUUUGGAGACUGCAAGAUAAUCAAUCAUUGCAUGUUACCUUCUCUACAGCUUUAUUGGUCUUUUGUAGAACCAUUUUAUUGUCUAUAUGACAGUAAUACACACCGAUUUCACUCGUAUUGAUGACAUUUAGAUUAGGAUCAUGAUUUAAAAACCUGAAAAUGGACGAAUAUAGAGAAGAAGACGAUCAUUUCCUGCCUGCAGCAUGGUUGAACUUGAGCACAUCUGAACUUGCGGAAUCAAAUCUCUUCAUAAUAUCCUGCUUCAUCGCCGGCCUAAUCGGCAUCUUAACAAUCAUUUACACCGCAUUUCAAUGGAGAAGAAACAUAAGUCUCAGUUGGACAAAAGCCAUCGCAGGGACAAAAAAAGAUUCAAAAUCAAGCAAAGAUCUCGUAGCUUCACACACAUGGUAUUUAGAAGCCGUAGGUCGUGGAAAAAGCUUAAACUGUUGCGUAUGCCUAAAAUCCAUGUCACCAUCUCAAUCUCUCGGGCCCAUGGCGUCUUCCGGAAGUUUCAUUCACCGUUGUAGCAUAUGUGGCGCGGUGGCUCACCUCAAUUGUUCGCCAAACGCUAAUAAAGAUUGUAAAUGCGUGUCUAUGGUGGGGUCGGAUCAUGUACUGCACCAGUGGGCUAUUCGGUGGACUGACGUUAACGAUCAACCGGACGGAGCGUCUUUCUGUACACAUUGUGAAGAACCGUGCAGUCCUUCAUUUCUUGGCGGGUCGCCAAUAUGGUGUUGUUUAUGGUGUCAGAGAUAUAUACACGUCGAUUGCCAUAGUACAUAUCGUGAAACGGGUGAUAUUUGUGAUAUGGGGUUGUUUAAACGAUUGAUAUUAUCGCCUCUUGUUGUCAAGGUAUUAGGCCUGUCAUCAUCAGGUGGGAUCUUGAGUUCGAUAACGUUUGGAGCAAAUGAGAUCGCGUCUUCUGUACGCGCGAGUAUAUCAAGUCAAACUAAGAAAAACAAGCAGAAGAAUCGAGUCAAUGCAGAUGAUGGGAGAGUUAGUUUAGAGGAUUCUGAGUCAACGACAGAAAGCACAUCAGAUAAUAAUCAAAAAACCGAUGGUGGUAACAGUGAAAUGAUGAACAAAAAACUGAGUUAUAAAAGAAGUCACAGAGAUGAGUGUCAAAAGGUACAAAUGAAGCAGAGAUACGAGCUCGUUACUUUGCGCCCCGACGCAAGGCCUCUAUUAGUUUUUAUUAAUAAAAAAAGCGGCGCUAAACAUGGAGAUUCGAUCAGGCUGCGGUUGAAUAUUCUCUUGAACCCUGUUCAGAUUUUUGAACUGAGCUCAAAAGAGGGGCCCGAAGUCGGUCUUUAUCUAUUUAGAAGAGUCCCACAUUUCCGAGUGCUCGUAUGUGGCGGGGAUGGUACCGCAGGGUGGGUACUGGAUUGCAUUGAAAAACAAAACUUUGUAUCUCCGCCACCUGUAGCUAUUCUACCCGCCGGAACCGGAAAUGAUUUGGCGCGUGUUUUGAACUGGGGUGGCGGUUUAGGCUCGGUAGAAAAACAUGGAGGCCUUUGCAUGAUGCUGCAACACGUGGAACAUGCGGCGGUAACCGUUCUUGAUCGUUGGAAGGUUUCUUUUGUGAAUCAAAAAGGAAGACCGCUUCGUUCGCCAAAGUUCAUGAACAAUUAUCUUGGAGUCGGAUGUGAUGCGAAGGUUGCUCUUGAUAUUCACAAUUUAAGAGAGGAGAAUCCGGAGAAAUUUUAUAACCAGUUUAUGAAUAAAGUUUUAUAUGCUAGAGAAGGUGCGAGGAGUAUGAUGGAUAGAACGUUAGCGGAUUAUCCAUGGCAAGUUCGUGUGGAGGUUGAUGGGGUUGAGAUUGAGGUUCCCGAGGAUGCGGAAGGCGUUCUUAUUGCGAAUAUUGGGAGCUAUAUGGGGGGUGUGGAUUUAUGGCAGAACGAAAAUGAAAAUAAUGAUAAUUUUGAUCCUCAAUCUAUGCAUGAUAAGAUAUUGGAAGUUGUAAGCAUUUCAGGAACUUGGCAUCUUGGAAAGCUUCAGGUGGGGCUUUCUCGAGCUCGAAGGCUAGCACAAGGGAAGAAUAUAAGAAUUCAUCUUCUUGCACCAUUGCCAGUUCAGAUUGAUGGAGAACCAUGGUUACAGUCACCAUGCAUAUUGAAUAUUGCACACCAUGGACAGGCUUUCAUGCUGAAAAGAACAACUGAGGAAACACUUGGUCAUGCGGCUGGAAUAGUUGCGGAUGUGCUAGAGAAUGCUGAAACGAAUCAAGUGAUAAAUGCUUCUCAGAAGCGAACUCUUCUUCACGAAAUGGCACUUAGAUUGUCGUAGCACCACCACCACCACCCUAUAAAGCCUUCGUUUGUAGAUGGCAAGGGGACGAUUUUCAUGGGAUUGUGUACUUGUUACAUGGCUAGAAUUUGGGACAAAUAUCUGAAAGCCAUGGCUAAUUGUAUUGUUCCUUAUGAUGUUUCUGUAUCUGUUACUUAAGUAUUUGGAAUUUUAAAAGUUCAACUUGAACUUUUAGAGAGAGAAAUGCUAGUAAGAAAGAAGUAGGUCGAAUGCUACACAAA